AUGGGCCCACACCACCACCCCGAAAACCACCACCACACCGCAAACCACCACACCCACCACCACACCCACUACAACCACCCCGAAAACCACCACUACAACCACCACUACAACCACCCCGAAUACCACCACACCCUGGACCACCCCGAAAACCACCACCACCACCCCCGGACACAAUCUGGACGGGAAGAUGGUCACUCUGUCAUCGGACUCUGGCCAAGACCGACGCCUGCCACCAGAGGUGUGACCGUGUGCCUACGCUUCAUGACUGACUCCAGCUCUGGGGACCUCUUCACACUGGCCCCUCGGUCUCCUCUGACGCUCUCGUUCAGUUCCAGCCAGAGGUAUCUACUAACUUCGAACCACUACUCAUCGAUCUACUUGAACCCCUCGAUCUAUGCCUGGCCUUUGGUCCGGAUUCAUUCCUGGACCAGUGUCUGUGUGGUCCAGGACUCACUCAAACGUGUAGUUCAGAUGUUCCAGGACGAAAGGAUGAGUAUCCGGAAGAUCCAAUAUUCUCGGAUGGUCUGGUCUGGAGAGCCUGUGGUGGACAUCUCGGGCUUCGAUGGGCAGGUGACAGACCUGGAGGUGUGGGACUAUCCGCUGCAGUACAGAGAGGUCUUCUACUACAUGAGCUAUGGGUCUCGUGGGACAGUUUUGACCUGGUCCAACAUCGCGUACCAACCCAGAGGGAGCGGCAUCCUGUUGGAGAACUCCUAUAAUUUCCAACAAAUUAGCAGCAGCGAGGCACAGGAACAAAGGUGCAAGUACAGGAAGAUGUGUAGUAGAAAGAGGCUCUUCCUGUAA